GCAAAGCAAAAGAAGGAGAAAUGUUCGGCCUCGGGGGUUUCAGUGUGUUCAUCUCAUGUGCUGUUCUUCUCAUUGUUCAGUCAAGUUAUGGUUCUGAGAUUAUUGGAGGGAAUGAAGUUGAGCCACACUCGUUGCCAUUCAUGGCUCUGCUGGAGAGUAACACACCUGCAUGUGGAGGGGUGCUCAUUAACAAAGCGUGGGUCCUGACGGCUGCUCACUGUGUUAACAUUAAGAAAGUGUUGCUGGGGGUGCACUCCAUCAAAAACGAUAAAAAAGAUUCCAGGCAGGUCCGAAAGGUGAAAAGAAGUUUUCCUCAUCCCUGCUAUGAUAACACAGACAAGGUCAAUGACCUCAUGUUGCUCCAGCUGGACAAACCAGUAACGAAAACCAAGACAGUAAAUUGGGUCAAGCUGGCCAAAAGCAGCAGAGAGCCGACAGCUGGAAGCACCUGUGUGGUGGCUGGAUGGGGAGCAACUGCAGACAAUGCCAAGCAAAUGUCAGACGUCCUGAGGUCUGUCAACGUAACUGUGAUCGACAGGGUGAAGUGCAACUCUCCUGGUUAUUACAACUUCAAACCUGUUAUCACCCGCAGCAUGAUAUGUGCUGGUUCAAAUGGUAAAAACCCAGCAGAUACCUGUCAGGGGGAUUCAGGGGGGCCGCUGCUGUGCAAUGGUGUGCUUACUGGAAUCACUUCCUUUGGAGGGAAGUGCGGUAUCAUAAAUAAACCUGGAGUGUAUGCUUUUCUCUCAGAAAAACAACUCAAGUGGAUCAAAAAGACAACAAACACCUAAAACAGAAGGAAUUCUGUUUCCUAUGUUAAUUUAAAUGUUUAAAUGUUUAAAUUUAAAUGCUUCUUUUUUAAUUGUCCCAAUAUGUCUAUAUUUAUAUCUGUCUAUAUUUACGGUAAGGAUUAUAUUAAAGCAGAUAAUAUUUCUCCAAGAGUGUUUUUGGCCAUUGGUGUAAAUGAAUGAUUCUCAAACUGUGGAUCAGGCCCCACUGGUGGGGUAUAGAUUCAUUGCAGGUCCUGUGUGGAUGAAAAUAUCAGAUGAAAUAACUGGAAUAAAUAUUACUGGAGAGAAAAUAAAGAAGUUUACUGAUA